GUUAUCAGUGUGACGUCAGCAACAGCAGAUUCAGCAGUCAGUCAGCGAGCAGCAGAAAAAAACACACGCAGAGAAGCGGAGUCUGGAGCUUAGUCUGUAGCCGAGCUGUGGAAGGAAACAGCGGCGGGAGAUAGCCUGGUGGUCUCGGUGUCUGUAGCGGAGCCCAGCGCCUCUGAAUGUGCCUAUUUCCCUGUGGAGUCCGGAGCUUUGCAUCGGAAUAACAGCAGCAGCAGCAUGUCGGACGCUGCUAACGCCGCCUCCACACUCAACAACAGCGGGGAUCCGGGACUCAACGGCUCCUGGGUGGAAUUGGACAUAAACAAAGGUUCGGCCGUCCCCGCUGAGUUGGCGGCAGCCGGGGAUGCAUCCUCAGUGCUACUGCACCUCCCACAGGUGGAGGAGGAGGAGGAGUCCAUAGUGGGAGGACUGGAACAUGUGCCGUCAUCGUCCUCAAUCCACAACGGAGACAUGGAGAAGAUCCUUCUGGACGCUCAGCACGAGUCCAGCCGCAGCAACUCCUCCUGCGACAGUCCUCCUCGUCCUCACAGUCCUCAGGAUGAAGGAAAAAUCAUGUUUGACGUGGACAUCAGCAGCAGGAGAGACAGUCAGUCAGAAGAGGACGUCCUGGAGAAGGAAAGGGACAUGGACAUCCUGAUGAAGGACUCUGACUGGGUAGCUGACUGGUCCAGUCGCCCUGAGAACAUUCCUCCAAAGGAGUUUCACUUCCGACACCCUCGUCGCUCAGUCACCCUCAGCAUGAGAAAGACUGGGGCCAUGAAGAAAGGAGGAAUCUUCUCCGCCGAGUUCCUCAAAGUCUUCAUCCCGUCACUGCUGCUCUCUCACAUCCUGGCUCUGGGACUGGGAGUCUACAUUGGGAAGAGGUUGACCACACCACCCACCAGCUCCUUCUGAACGUACACACAGAAGAAAAGUGCCUGAGAAGUGGGCCAGAGUUUGUUUGUUUGUUUUUUUCGUCCUAUUGUUUUGAAGAAGACGUUGCCAGCGAGCUUCCGCCUCUCCCUCUGUCCUGCCUGCCUCCCCAUUACUUUCCCUGAGAUUUGACUUGCUCUCAGGAGAAACACCUCUGUCCUCCUCCUCUUUCUCCUCUCCUGUCUUCUUCUCUCUUUGUCUCUUUCUCAGCUCAUAUGUAAAAGUUUUUGGAGGACGAGUCAGGUGACAGUUUGUAUUUCCUGGACUGUUCAAUGUUUCUUAGGGGAUGGGUUUUACAGAAAGUGUAUCAGUGUUAAAACCAGAUUCUAGGAGAAUCACCUUCUCCUUCUUGUUUUUGUGACUGACCUGCUCUUUAGCUGGAGCCCAGACCAGUUUGUGCCACAGAUUGAAGCUAAGCAGAACUUAACAUGUGAUCAUGCCUUUUUAAGACAGACUUUUCUUCUUUUCUUUAACUUCUUCUUUUCUUCUUCUUCUUCCUCUUCUAGUAGCUUUGUCUUUUCUCUUCUUGUUGAUGAGCUAACGUCUCAUCAGUCGGUGGAUUACGGAGAGGUUGUUUCUACACUAAGUCUCCUGAGAAGAGCAGAGACAAAGACGGAGAGAAACCUCUCCAUUUACAGAAACUUGCGUUGAGUUCUGAAGCCAAACAACUUCAACUGGAAGUUCUAACAGUGUAGGAAAGACAGAAGCUGUAGCUGCUCCUCAGAGUCCAGGCUCCUCCCUACAGACACCAGAACCUGAACCAGUCUCUCAGACGUCUGUGUCGGUGAGAAGGUUCUAACGUCCAGACUUGUUUGGAGGAAGGGUCGUUGGUUCUUUCUCACUGCUUAGUUUAGAAGUUCUGGUGGAGCUUCACUAGGAACUGGGCACAGGUCUGUGAUCUCUGGGCCAAUAUUCACCCGUAUUCCUUUCAGUGGUCCACAUCUAGUGUUCAGAUUGUAGGCCACAUCCCAACCACCACCUGCUCCGAAGCUGCAGGCCUUUUGAGUUCUAUCCUGUCUAGAAUGUAGGUCCUGCUUGUCACCCUGUCCACCUGAGGACCUGAUCCACCCAACAGGAAAAUGUAGAGUUCACUGUCACAACGCUUGAAAAUGGUAGACAGUCUGUCAGCUUAAACAGAGGAGAUCUAAACUCAUCCUGCCCACUCUAGGCUCCUCCACAGGGCUGAGUGUGGCUGAGGUAUGGCCCCUAUGUGGACCACUGGACCAUGACUGGUUGCUAAAUGUGGGCUAAGUGAAUGUUAUCUUCAUGAGUGUCCCACAUGGGAAUAACAGAUCUGAGCUCUUCACAGGUUAGGUCAUAGGUUCAUAGUAAACAGCACCAGAGUUCAGUGAGUUUGGUUCUGAGCGGAAGAACGUUCCAGAAUGUUCUGUGGAGGGGGGUUUUGUUCAUGUUCUUUAAACUUUUUGUUCUUCUGGUUGUAGAACUUUUUUUGGAUGGUCGUAGUACAUUUACUCCCCACUAGGCUGGAUUGGACUCUGAGCUGAGUUUUUUUUUUUAAUUAUUAUUUCUUUGUUCAGAUAUAAAGUCAAAAACAAAAGAUGAAGUUCAGAAGUGUUUUUUAAAAAAUUGAGAAAAAUUAGAUAAAUUUGUUUUUUAAUGUUUGCCUGAUUUUUCUUUAAGAAAUUUAAAAAUUCUCAUUCAGUUGAGAAACAAAUUUUUCACGGAUUUAAAAAAAGGUUUUUGUUUUAUUGAAGCUGUAAAAUGUGUUUCUGACAGACACUCCAUCACUUUUGCCAAAAAUUUCAACAUAAAGAAACAGGAAAAUUA